CAUGUCAAUGUAAGGGUGGGGUCAUCUAAGAUAGCACAAGGGACAAACAGUAGAAAGCUCAGUUUACCAGCUUCUUGAGGCGCUCACUGAUGCAUGUUGUAGUUUGCGUGUUUGGAUCAAAGAUGGCGCCAUUUCCCCACUUUUCACCCUGAUGUCAGGAUCCGGAGCCGCUGGAGUGUUUAGGAGUUCACUUCCUCAACUUUUAACCUUGCAUCUUAAAUCUCUGAGCCAAAGAGUUUGCCAUCAUGAGGAUUCAGACGCCUUGUGUUGUUGGAGGAGUGUGCCGGCGGUGGAGGUGGCGGGGGGUCUGGACUCCUCAGUCAAAGCAGUCAGCAAGGGUCAGAGGUCGACGCAGCUCUCGUGCCGUGAUGGCCGGAUUUGGUUUUGCAGUUUUUACUAACAAAUGUCUGGAACGUCAAGCAGUGUCACUCGACCUCAGCGGGUCGGAUCGUGUUGCAUGAAAAAACGCACCGGGACAUUUGAAUAUGGAGAUCGUCCGGCCUGAGAGCUCCAGAUUCAGGGCCUUUGUCGCUUUGUCAUGUUUUAGUUUCAAUCAAACUCUGACAUGGGGAAACAGCGGGAAGUUACAUCCUUUUCCAACAGACAGGGGAACUUUGAAGGACGCAUAUUAAAAUCAAAAGAAUGAAUAUUGCAAUUGGUGCCAAACUGUAGCUGGAAUAGGGUUGACGCAGAAGCUUCAUGACUGAGUUUCCGGGAACUUUACUCCACAGUUUGGAAAAUAUUACAAAGCCAAUUCCCCUUUCUAAUAUUUGGGAAAAGCUUUUUUUUUUUUUUUUUUAUCUUAUUUGUCCGUUUUGUAAAUAAAAGCCACACAGCCACCUCUCAUGCCCCAGUGAUCAGACACUGCACCUUAAUUUCUCCGCUUUUUAACUUUUGGAUUUUCAAACUAAAUCCUUAUUGUUUGUUUGUGUCAUUUUAUUAAAGACAAGUGUUUCUAAACUGGAAAAUGUAGUAAUAACUAGACCAAAACUUUUUUUACAGUUCAAGUUGCUUUUUAGUUUUUGCAUAAAUGAAAAAAUGCAUAACCAAUGUAUAUUUUGCACUGUAAAGCUAAAUGUGAUUUGCCUCCUCAAGAAAAUUGAAAUCUGAAAGUAUUAAGGUUCAAAUCUGAAAAGCUUCUCUUUCUUUUUUUUUUAAAAAUAACCUCAAUGUCAGCCAGUCUCAUUAAAUCUGGAGGCUGAGUGUAGUAACCUUGUCAGAGAUAAAUCAAAUUUCUUUGUUACUAUUCUUUCCCCCCAAAUAUAGUAAAUUCACAAACAAAAUAAAUGUUCCAAGAGCAGAAGGAUUUUAACAGUUGCUACUCUGCACAGUUUUGUCAUUUUCACAAUGCAGAAUUUGGAUUUCAUUUGUCCCAUAGCAGACAUCAGCAUCAGCAGGAGUUUUGUGCUAGAAAGUUGAACUUAAAAUAUGUGUUAACAAAUAAAGAUUUUUUUCCACUGAUUAUUAAAAAUGAACAACUCCCAAAGGAUAUUGACGUCUGCAAUUUAACUGCCAUUUGAGGGCGCGUUGGUAAUGCCAAACUCUGGCCUUACGGAAAGGUUCAAAUCCCAGCUGGGACCUUUCUGUGUGGAGUUCUCCUUGAGCGUGUGCGGAUAUCCCCCACUCCGGCUACCUCCCACAGUCCAAAAACAUGCUUCAUAGGACCUGUUUAGGGUGUAUCCUGCUUUUGCCCAACAGUAGCUGGAUAGGCUCCAGCAACUCCGUGACCCUGACAAGGAUUCUGCAGGUUCUGAGGAUAUUUCAGAGCUUCUCACACAGACAUUGUACACCACUGUUUUCCUGGCAGUUGAUCAUGCGCGCCGGUGUUUGUUGUGUGACGGGGGUGUGGCUCCACGCACACGCUCAGGCUGACAGCGAAGGGGUUCCUCAGGGAGAGCUGCUUUGCCCCGCCCACAGUGUAAAGUAUAAAACUUUUGGGUGCGCAACGCCUCGAGUCUUACAAAACGCCAGGAUGGAGACGCUCCUGCGCGCGCUUUCUGGCACAGCUCCCUCUUCUCCUCCUUCUCUUCAUCAGACCGGGAUUUCCCACCCGGGACGCUCAGGCUUGUAGAGACAGAGAGAGAAAAAAAACACAAGUGAGGAAGAGGAUGGUGCCUGUGCACACAGGAUGCUGUUGCGGAAUUUGGAUCUGGUUCUGUGGAAUAAUAUGUUGACAGAUCCGGACGACUGAUGGUUUUGCUGAGGAUGAGCAUCCACAUAACGAUGUAAUUUCCCAGUUUUCUGCGCGCACAGAUCUUUGAGUGAAGCUGCAUCCGAGUGCGUGAGAGCCGAGCGGCGCGCGCUCCGCAUGGAGACGGCGCGGCUCUGAAGGAUCCCUUUUUUCUGUCUGUUAAUGACUUUGACUCUGGGAGCAGAAAGAAAACCUGCCUCCACUCUUUCUCACACAGAAAAUGAGUAGCUGUCCCCUCCGGCUGGCUCUCCUUGUGGCUUGCGUCCUCUAUAUUCGCUGCACCACUGCGCCCGGCACCGAGGCUCCCCGGGGCGCGUGUGCGUCCUGCGCCGCCGCUCGGUCCGAGGACGCCGAGUCGGGGCGCGUGGACGGGGACUUAUUAGAAGCGGUGAAGAGACACAUUCUGACCCGACUGCAGCUGCGGGAAAGACCAAACAUCACGCACCCUGUGCCUAAAGCCGCCAUGGUGACUGCGCUGCGGAAGCUCCAUGCGGGGAAGCUACGCGAGGACGGCAGGGUGGAGAUCCCGGACCUGGAUGGGCAUCCGAUGAGCAACGAGGUUCUGGAGGAGAGCUCAGAGAUCAUCAGCUUUGCGGAGAAAGAUGACCUGGUCACAUCUAAGUCCAGCCUGUUCUUCCUGAUCUCCAGCGAGGGAAACCAGAACCUCCGGGUGAUCCAAGCCACCCUGUGGCUCUACUUUAAGCUGCUGCCUUCUCCGACAGAGGAGCGCGGCAAGCGGAAGGUGACGACGAAAGUCUACUACCAGGAGCCCGGCCUCGGCAGCAAGUGGAACCUGGUGGAGAAGCGGGUGGAGCUGAGGCGCAGCGGCUGGCACACCUUCACCCUGACGGAGGCCGUCCGGCUGGUGUUUGAGAAAGGCGGUGACAGGCGUCAAAACCUGGACGUGCGCUGCGACGGCUGCGAGGCCGAGGGCGUCGUGCCCGUCUUGCUCAAUCUGAAUGACGACUCGCACCGACCUUUCCUGGUAGUGCGGGCGAGGCAAGCAGACGCAAAGCACCGCAUUCGGAAGCGGGGGCUGGAGUGCGACGGCAGCAGUGACCUGUGCUGCCGCCAGCAGUUCUACAUAGACUUCCGGCUAAUCGGCUGGAAUGACUGGAUCAUCGCGCCGUCGGGAUACUUUGGGAACUACUGUGAGGGGGACUGCCCCCCCUACAUGGCGGGGGUCCCCGGAUCGGCCUCUUCCUUUCACACGGCCGUGGUGAACCAGUACCGCAUGCGGGGCAAGAGCCCCGUCUCCAUGAACUCCUGCUGCAUCCCCACCAAGCUCAGCACCAUGUCCAUGCUCUACUUCGAUGACGAGUACAACAUCGUGAAGCGGGACGUUCCCAACAUGAUUGUGGACGAAUGCGGUUGUGCGUGAGGGCCCAGUUGAACUGAGAACUCCACACAAUAUUCCAGCAACUAAUGCAUAUAGAAUAUUUAUGGACAAUGAAGAAAACGUGCACACACCCACUUCCACAAGUAUCUACACAUCCCCAUGUAUGCCUGCACAGAAACUUGUACAUAUAUUUAUGUUUGUUGACUUUUUUGGUCAUAUCCAACAUAACCUCGGCCGUAUCCGUUCAGCCCCCUUCUCUUCUUCAUCGCUUUGAAAACAAUCAGCUUCUCAUUAGAUAUCUCCAAGAUGGUGAGGAAGACUUUGGUCCAGCCUUUGCUGAGCUGCAUAAUCAGAUAAAAUGCUGCUGCUGUCGGCUGAGUUGUUCAGUAAAUUUAAAGCUACAUUCACACCGCCCCCGGCAAUGCGCGUUCAAGUGGCUGCUUCCAAUGGACAGUCUAUGUAAACACCCGUUUUGGGCUUCCACGUUCAAAACGCUACGCAAGUUUCUACAACCGUUUUCGGGCUAUAUGCACAAAACAUGCAUCCAUUGUGUUGAAAGUUAAACCAGUUAAGAUUUCAGUCAGGCACUCUGAUUUGGUAGUGACGUGUGGAUGGCGUUCCUUUUAAUUCACGGAAGUACCAAACAUUGGAAAAUUGAUGAUGAGGGACAGAUUAAUAAUUGUGGUUUGUGUUUGGCUGGAAUUCUAUGACACUGAGUCUUUCAUCUAUCAGAAUAGAGAAAAAGCCUGGAGCAAGAUUCAGGAGAUUUUCAUCACUUUGACAUUUGGCACACAGUCUAUACCAAUAUGUACUAGAAUCAGGCAGCAAUCUUGAACAAGCGUCACGUGAACGUAGCUUUAGGCGGAAAGACCAGAUCGUCUCUUCAUGAGGUGAAGGGGGGCCUUACCCAACAAAUCAGCUGUGAGCAGCAACUAUGAAGCCUCCUUUAAUUAACAAACAGCACUUCAGGCCUGCAGUCACAAUCGUUUUUACCGUUCCGGCAACAAAACAGAGCUUUUUCUUUCAAUAGAAGGCAAAAGAUGGAGAUGUCAUUCCUGAAGUCUGAGAGAAAAACCAUGUCUGGUAUUAAAUUUAGUUUAGAGAUACAGCAGCAACACAAACUCCGAUAUAUGAACUGUUACUAUUAUCAUUAGUAAUAUCUUUUACAUAUUGUAUGUUAUUAGAUUUGCAUUAAACAAGCAUUUCUAAUUGCGAAAGGAAAGUGAAACAAGAAACACCUUAAAACCAUUGUUCUCGUUGAUUAAAUCAAACGUUUUUCAAUCAAAUUCCUACAUUUUUGUCAAAUCAACAAACCACAGAACAUCAGGAACAACAUCUCCCUUCUCUGCCUGCCUUUUGGAAUCAAAAAUGUCUGGUUGACGAAGGUCCUUAACUCUUGUUUCAUUCAGUGAAAGCGAGGCAUUGCCAUAUCGGUGAAGCUUUGCACUCCCGGACGCACACUUUGAAAGCACUUGCAGAUUGAAAAUGCCUUUAAGAAGCCCUCGGCGAUGCGUCAUUAGAGUCUCUCUAAAGUAAAUGAAUGCCGCACGAGCUAUGCAAUGUAUAGUCUAUACCCACAAAUCCGACAACUAAAGCCCUUACUGGACAAACUAUCAGUAAUACUUGAAAUGUGAGAGUGGCAGGCUGAGACGGGCGGGGUUUCAGGAGGGAGGAGCAAUCAUGAGACUUUUAAAAAAUACGUCGUCCAGAACUUACUGUAUGGAAGCUUUUCAGUCCAAAAUUGGAGGUUGGAGGAGCAGUGAUGAACUCAAAACUAGAAAACAGCAUCAUCUUUAGGUUUCUAUGAUUACAAAACUGUUUUUACAUGAAAAGAAAACAUGUUUCAGGGACAAAAUAAACAGAUAAUGUUAGUUUGGAAAUAUAAUUUAAUGACAAUCAGUAAGGUAUUUUUUAAUUACAUUACAAUUAUGAAUUAUUGACUGAAAUGUUUAAAAUGACUGUUUCUAGAUGCUAAAAGCACAACAGAUCAUAAUAAGUGUUUACAUUUUUUUGGGUAUCUAUGGCACAUGGUGAGAAAAAAUAAAUAUUUUUUUGUGGUUAAAAACGUAUUUUACUGAAAGUAAAAAACUAAAAACUCAACACAACCAGUCAACUGGACAGCUGAGUUGGUUUAUAAGCUUAACACUGAAGUUUGACCACCUGAAAGCACUAAGUGCUGCAGGUCACUGAAAGAUCAACAGAUGCCACUUUAUCUGGAUUAUUUUAGGUUUUGUGUUCUUCUAAAGGCACUUGCUGGAUGUUACAAAUGAUGAUAAGCUUCCUAAACCUAUUUGUGCACAUGUUAACAAAAAAGUAAACUUAAAAAACACUGAAGUUAUCAGGGCUCAAAGCCAAAAGGAGCUUCAUCUGACAUCUAAAGUUCACCACAUAGGAAAGAAAAUGAUUUCAUGGACAAAUAAUAUUUAUUUUUAAGAUGUAUUUAUUUUUCAAUAUCUAGAAAAACAUAAUUAAAAUUGAGCCUUCACAAAAACUUUACUUCACAGGCAGUACUAACAAUGCCCACCUGUGUAUGGGUGCUUUUGACAGAAAUUUGGAGACAGUAAACCUUUGUUGCUGUCACGACACAGAUUUUAUUGCAAAGAUUUGUCUUUAUUUCUUUCCAGUUUUUAAAAGUUGCGACCUAAGUUUCAGGAUCUGGUGAUUUGAAAUCAAAUUUGCCACAUUUUGUUAAAGUGAUCAAGUCCUCAAGUACAUCUCUGCGGUACUCCAUAACAGAUUUUAUUACAAAGAUUUGUCUCUAUACCUUUGAAGUUUUCAAAAGUUGUGACCUAACUGUGUUAAUUUGAAAUAAAAUCUGGAAAAUUUUGUAAAAGUUAUCAAGCCCUAAAAUAUAUCCCUGAUGGACUCCAUAUCAAAUUGUGUUUCUAAUUUUGGACUCUGUCACCUUUGAAUUUUACUUUCCUGAUUUGUUUGGACAAAUGGAGGUGUCUUUAGUUGGUAAAUGUAAUUUGAGACAUUUGAAAUUGGAGAUUUUGUAAGGAUACUAGCCGCCAACAAGUCUCACAGAGAUGACCAAACCUGUUUUCAUUGUCAGACAUGACGUGCAAGUGUAUGUGCAAAGAACACUGAAAACACUCACUAAGAGUCACUGAAUGACCUGUUGUGCUUUUCGACGAUACAAACAUCAUAAAAGUUUAUCUCACAAAAUAAAAUGGGAUGCUGGUAUGUAGAGAGGCAACCGGCGGCAAAUCGCAUUACAAACCCUGAUUUCAGACGAGUGCGCCCAAACCAACAUACGUUUACAGGCCUGUUAUUUUGCACGUCUGUGGCGUUUAUUCACAAAUACCUGAGCCCCACAUCCUGCUUAUUAUCUCCUCCUGUCCGACGCCCGCCCUCCCCCUCCCUUGCCUGCUGCUGGGAUCUCUUAUUCUUCAAAGGUUGUUAGAGUAUUUGCACUGAGGAGUUGCGUGACUCGAGUCAGAAAAAGGAAAUAAAUAGAACUGCCAUUGAAAGAAAAGAAGCUAUUUUUGUAGAACCUGAGCUCUGUUCUGAUGAACCGCAUUGUGGAACCAAAGAGGCCGCCAUGUUUUCUUCGUGUUGUGACUUUGUGACAGAUAAAGAGGCCUAAUCACUGUAUCAGGGUAUGAUAUCAGUCAAUAUUCAGCUCAAGCUCUUUUCUAUUUUGUACCAAGACAUGGAAAAUAUCAUAUUUUUUCAUCAAAGUACUUAAAUAUUCCUAGUUUUCUUUUCUUGUUUCAUUAGCUCUUGAAUCAUUUAGAAAGAAGCACAUGCCAUCCUUGUACAGACCAUGUAACAUAUAAAUAUGCUUUUGAAAUAUUUCAGUCUUUGUAAUUGUUGAAAAUUAAAUUUCUUAUUACCAGUCGUA